AUGUCGUCCGCCUUCAACGGUGGCCAGACUGACGUCGAAGUAAAGCGAGUGUUCAUAGGAGCAGGGUGCAACAGAAUAGUGAACAACGUCUCAUGGGGUGCUUGUGAUUUAGUCGCUUUCGGCGCCCAAAACGCCGUCGCUGUUUUCGACCCAAAGACUGCUCAAAUUUCGACUACGCUUCCGGGCCACAAGGCCUCUGUUAACUGCACCCAAUGGCUUCCAAGUAAUAAGUUUGCAUUCAAAGCUAAAGACUUAGACCAACAUUACUUGCUUUCUGGAGAUGCUGGGGGUGCCAUUAUUUUGUGGGAGUAUACUGUUCUUGAAGGAAAGUGGAGAUACGUACUGCAAAUACCUGAAUUACACAAGAAGGGUGUCACAUGCAUUAGUGGGAUUUUGGUUUCCGAUACUGAGGCAGUCUUUGCUUCUACUUCGUCGGACGGUACAGUUUAUAUCUGGGAGGUUGUUUUCCCAACUACUGGUGGAGGUGACUGUAAAUUAUUGCAUUUGGAUUCUCUAUUUGUUGGUUCAAAACCUAUGGUAGCACUUUCACUAGCAGAGUUGCCUGGGAAUACUGGGCAUCUAGUCCUGGCCAUGGGGGGAUUGGAUAACAAGAUUCACCUAUACUCUGGGGAGAGGAGAGGAAAGUUUGUUCGAGCCUGCGAGUUGAAAGGACAUGCAGAUUGGAUCAGAAGCCUGGAUUUCUCGUUACCUAUUUUCAAUAAUGGUGAGGCACAUAAUAUUCUACUUGUUAGUUCAUCACAAGACAAAGGGAUACGCAUAUGGAAGAUGGCUCUACGGGGUUCUUUGGACAGCAGCCAGAGUUCCAAGCCAGGAAAAAUAAGCUUAGCAUCUUACAUAGAAGGCCCUGUACUUGUCGCUGGAACAACCUCAUAUCAGAUUUCACUGGAAUCUCUUCUAAUUGGUCAUGAGGAUUGGGUGUAUUCAGUGGAGUGGCAACCACCUUCACCUGUAUCUUCAGACGGGAUUGCGUACUGUCAACACCAGAGCAUCUUAUCUGCAUCUAUGGAUAAGACAAUGAUGAUCUGGAAACCAGAAAAAACUUCUGGUAUCUGGAUGAAUGUUGUUACUGUUGGGGAAUUGAGUCAUUGUGCUCUAGGAUUUUAUGGUGGCCACUGGAGUCCCAACGGAGAUUCGAUCUUAGCACAUGGGUAUGGUGGAUCUUUCCAUCUGUGGAGAAAUGUCGGUACUGGCUUAGAUAAUUGGCAACCGCAAAAAGUUCCAUCUGGGCAUUUUGCAGCUAUUACCGAUAUUGCUUGGGGGAGAUCUGGUGAAUACUUGCUGUCAGUCAGUGAUGACCAGACAACACGAAUUUUUUCUCCAUGGCAAAAUGAAACAUCUCUAGGAGAUGAGGGUUCUUGGCAUGAAAUUGCUCGUCCUCAAGUUCAUGGUCAUGAUAUGAACUGUGUCACCAUCAUCCAAGGAAAAGGAAACCAUCGUUUUGUCAGUGGAGCCGAUGAGAAAGUUGCCAGAGUGUUUGAAGCUCCUUUGUCUUUCUUGAAGACAUUGGGUCAUGCCAUUUCACAAAACUCUACCUUUUCUGAAGAUAUUCAGUUGGGUGUACAGAUAUUGGGUGCAAAUAUGUCAGCUCUUGGGCUAUCACAGAAACCUAUUUAUGUUCAUGCUGAGCAGCACACCAUAGAGAAGAAUCCAAAUGAUAGCCUUGACACCCUUGAAGCUAUUCCUGAUGCGGUUCCUGUUGUGUUGACUGAACCUCCAAUUGAAGAUCAAUUGGGAUGGCAUACACUAUGGCCAGAAUCACAUAAGCUUUAUGGUCACGGGAAUGAGCUGUUUGCUCUUUGCAGUGAUCAUGAAGGGAAGCUUGUCGCUUCAUCUUGUAAGGCCCAAUCAGCAGCAGUUGCAGAAAUAUGGCUGUGGGAAGUUGGUUCCUGGAAAGCAGUUGGUCGCUUGCAGUCGCAUAGUUUGACAGUUACACAAAUGGAGUUCUCUCUUGAUGACAAAUUCCUGUUGGCAGUAUCAAGGGAUCGCCAGUUCUCUAUAUUUUCAAUUGACAAAACAGGCACUGAUGGCACUAGUUACAAGCUGGUAGCAAAGCACGAGGCACACAAAAGAAUCAUAUGGUCAUGUUCCUGGAAUCCCCACGGCUAUGAAUUUGCAACAGGCUCAAGAGACAAGACGGUGAAGAUCUGGACUGUUGGAAAGGAUUCAUCAGUUAAGCUGCUCAUGACUCUCCCACAGUUCAGCAGUAGCGUCACAUCCCUAUCUUGGGCUGGUCUUGAUUCCAAGAAAAAUAAUGGGGUUCUUGCAGUUGGAAUGGAAAGCGGACUUAUUGAAUUGUGGAGUCUGUCUGUUAACAGAACCGAUGAUGGUGUAGCAGCAAAUGUACUUGCUACUCUUGUAGCACGGUUUGAUCCAUUGAUGUGCCAUGUUUCUUCUGUGAGCCGUUUGGCGUGGAGAAAGCGCAAGAAUAAAGAUUGUACUAGCAUACAGCUUGCCUCAUGUGGAGCUGAUCAUUGUGUGAGAGUGUUCGAGCAUCGUUUCUGUAAGCUCUGA